AUAAUGGCAACAGACAUGACUGGUGUACAAAAAUGAGAGAAACUCAUGAAAAAUGAUAGGCAAUAAAUUGUGUCAAGAUGGGGAAAUUCAUAAAAUAGCAAACUUAUUCGAAUAUUAUUGUCUAUUCACGCUAUUUUCUACAAUAAUGAUAGGAUUUUCUAAAAUUUCUUUGCUGAGGCAAUCCUCUGAUCAGAGCAUAAGAUGUUGAUUAGUGUGUUUGUUUAUUUUUGAAUUUGUGAUGACAGUGUUUAGUUGAUGGCUCCAAACAAAUCUUUGGAGCAAAACAAUUAUUUAAUGUGGUUCGCAUCUUUUGUAUAUCAAAAUGUCCAAAUGUAAAUCAACGACAAGGUGUUUCCCUGCCUUUUGUGCGUGGACGUUGUUAAUAGCUACAACCGCAUUGUUUUUCGUAUUUCCAUGCCGUUACUUAACAUAUGAUUAUCAUAUAGCUAUUCCAAUAUGUCAAGCUUUUGUCACGUUUUUUGUGAUUGUGAAUUUCUCUUUGGCUACCUUCAUGGAUCCUGGAAUUAUUCCAAGGGCUACUCCAGAUGAGGAAAAGGAUGAUGAUUUCCGUGCACCACUAUAUAAAAACAUACUUAUUAAUGGGGUUACAGUUAGAAUGAAAUGGUGUGUAACCUGUCAGUUUUACAGGCCACCAAGAUGUUCACACUGCAACACAUGCAACUGUUGUAUAGAAACAUUUGACCAUCACUGUCCAUGGGUGAACAAUUGCAUUGGUCGCAGGAAUUACCGUUACUUUUUUUUAUUCCUCAUUUUCCUGAGUGUACAUAUGAUUAGCAUCUUUUCCUAUUGUGUAUUGUACAUGUUGGAGCAUCAUGAAGAAAUUCAUCACAGAGAUACCAUUGUUACCAUUGUUAUCAUUAUCAUCAUUACUUUGUUAUUUAUACCAAUAUUAGGACUCACUGGGUUUCAUGUAGUUCUUGUAUUUAGAGGCAGAACUACUAAUGAACAGGUAACUGGAAAGUUCCGAGGUGGAUAUAAUCCUUUUUCAAAAGGUUGCUGGAAGAAUAUAUGCAAUACUCUUUGUGGUCCACAAUAUCCUAAGUACAAGAGUUUUAAAAAGCAAAAAAAGAAGCAAUUAUCUGUUGCUGCCCCAUCAGUUUCUGCUCAAAUGGUUGAAAACCAAGUCAAGAUUUAUAUGGAUAAUAGUAAUGUGAUGCGCUCAGUAAAUGCAACAUACAAUAAAAUGUCUCAGGGUACAGGUGAUUUGUCGGACGUUGACGUUAUGCUAGAUUCAUUUGAACACAACCAGAGUCAGUCACAAGAUUGUGAGCCAUCACCUCCCAUACCACGACAUGGAUCAAAAACAAACUUUUUCAGUUCUUCAGAGAGCAAUCGUGCUUAUGUGAUACAGCAGAGCAAACCAUGGUCUCCUUAUGGGGGUGCCGGACCACCGACCCCCAGGGCCCCUCGAGCAUCCAUUCCCAUGGAUGAGCGGCAGUCCGCCAUGCCGCGAUCACCCGAGGGUUUCCCUCCCUGGGGUGUUGUAAAUAGUCCCCAUUCCUCCCGUACUCCACCACGCAGUCUCACGAGCCCAGUCGUAAAUGCCGAGGGUAACAGGAUGCAUUCACCUUCGAGGAGAGGGUCGAGCCCCAGUUCUCCAGCCUCGCUGACUCCUGGACAGUCACCUGUUGCAGUAAAAAGGCAAGCUGGAGGAUCUCGUAGACCCACGCCACACUAUUAUGGCUACCACGCAAACGUCAGGACUCAGAGGUCGAGUUCGAGAAACAUCAGCCCCAACAGAAAGUUUGCUUCUGAAAGUGAAUUGGCUCGUGCCGCAGCUGAUAAGGCUAACGGUAAUUACGAAGCGAGAGCCAAUCAAACAGCAGAUAACAUUCAGGAAUUGGCUGAUUCCGGACCCUCUUGGGACGAGAGGGUGCGUUAUCUGCAGCGAGGCCAGGACUGUCAGUACAUGCAUGGGGUGCGUGUGAGCAGUUCUUCGCGUCGGACUAAUGCCUCUCCUCAAAGUAGGCGUGGUAGCAACCAUAAGACACCCCCGAUGGAGGCAUCGCCAGUGAAGCCACAUCCGAGACGGCCUGUCUCCAUCGUGAAAGCUCUCGAACUCACCGAGAGUUAUGAGAAAAGUGGACUCAAAGCGGAUUCACACUCGAGGCAGUGUUUGCAACAAAAUAAGCCUUCUAACGCGGAACAAGAUGAUCGCAAGAGUUUAUAUGAAAUGAAUUAUGAGAUAUCUGUAUAGUACAUGUUAAGUUACAAUUGGGAUGCCUUCCCGCACUGUUAUGUUUAUGGGAGGGGAAAAAAGAAAUAUACUUUCAUAAAAAGUAUGAGUAACUCUUGUUAAUUCUACUAAUAAAAUCACUUUGAAGAAAUAAUAUUCUUAGUAAUAUGUAGUUAGUCGGAGAAGCAGCAUAACAAAAUAGUUGAUGAAUUUUAAUACAUAUCUGUAGGAUAAAACAAUUACAGUUGUUCUGCCAUUCCCCUAUUUUAGUGCAUUCUAAAUUUUCAAAAGAUAUAUUGAUUAAAAAUUGAGGUGACGUUCGAUAUAGGCACACCUAUGGCCCAUUUAUAAAUUAAGGUUCCUAUGUUCUUAGUGCCUAGAAAUAUCGCAAAUAUUUACUCAUAAAUAUGAAGCUAAUUUUAACAAUAAAUGCUUAACGUCUCGUGAUUAUUAAUAAAUUAAUUCAUCUUCAGAAAUCUUAUUUUGUCAUUUCAAAGAAAACUGAUUCAUCUUUUAAUUAUUCGAUUUUAAAGCAAUCAAAAUUAUCAAUUCAAUAAUCACAGAAUUGCUGAAGAUAAUUAGUUAAGGGACCAUAAAAUAUUUCAUCUUUGACUAAAAUGUUUAGCUGCAAUUCUUAUUGUGUUUUUAUUUAUUUUUUUAGCUUUUUUUUUUAAAUUCAGUACCUAAAUAAAGUUUAUAACAAAAAAAAUGUUGAAUUUUGUCUUCAAUAUUUUUUUUAAUAAAGUCUCCAGCUUUUUAAUCUUUGCAUUUUUAAAUUUUUAUUGAUUAUAGAAUCCAAAGAAAAAUUUUAUAGUAAUAAACAUUUAAUAAGCGGUCAUUCAAUGACUUACAUUUGUAACAUUAUUUUAUUUAGGUUUUCUUAUUAGGUUAGGGUUGUUCAGUUAAUUGUAAUUGUAAUGAACAUUUAAUAGUAAUAAAAAUUUAAUAAGCAGUCAUUCAAUGACAUUUAAUGGUAAUAAGAAUUUAAUAAACUGUCAUUCAAUGACUUAUACUUGUAAUAUUUUAUUUAGGUUUUCUUAUUAGGUUUAUGACUAAUUCACAACCAGUGGUUGAAAAAACAUUUUCUUUGUAGUUAACUACAAAUACUAUUUUUAAAUGUAGCGACUAUUAACUACUUUCGAAAUGUAGACCUUUUAAUUCAUGUUUACAUGAAAUAGUUUUUUUUUAUUUUUAAGUACUUUUUGCUAAUUUGUUCCUCAAACUUUUAAACUCUAUACUUUUCUUGACAGAGAUUUACCAGUAGUCCUAAAAUGGACCUUUUUUACAACCUCAUCUCGUUAUCACAAUUAACUUUUAAUCUAACUUUAAGGUGAAAAGACUUUUUAGUGUUGUUACAAAAUUUACUUUUUCUUGCUUUAAAAAGUAAUUUUAACUGGUUCAUCUUCGGUAUCGUGAUUAUCAUUAUGUGCCUCAUACCCUACAACUGCUGUGGAAUUUCCGUAGUUUCAAGAAAUGUUUUUCUUUCUAUUAAUAUCUUAAAUGUUUUAAGUACUUUUUGCUAAUUUGUUCCUCAAACAAAUUUUGGAAAAAACCAUUUGAAAAAAACAUUAUACGCAGACCUCAAAUUGAAAUAAUAAAUGCAAUUAAAUGAGCAACUAUUGAAAAAAUUGGGGCCUAUAAUGGACCCCACUUUACCAUGCAAAGUUUAAAUAAUACGUUACCGGGAAUGGCCGAAAUCAAGAGAAUGUGGACUUUCUCCGGUGAUUGUCAACAAUCAGAUUGAUGGUCGCUUUGGUGAAUGUCCAAAAUAUUUGUUAUAUCCGAUUUGAUACUAAUUUAUUCUUCGAUAUUAUCAUUUUUUUCGAUAUAUUAAUAUCAGCUGAGAAUAGAUUAGAUAAAUCAGUGUUCAGAGUGCCACUUAAAUGCAUAAUGGGCAAUGGCACUUAAAAAAACAUCAAUUUAAACAGUGGCACUUAACCAGACCUAGUAUGUAUUUCGGACAUGGACCAAAGUGACUAAGUGAUUGUAAACAUUAGUAGUAGUCGGAGUUGAACAUUAGUAGUCGUAAACCCACUCAAUUGGGUUGACUGUUCAAAGACAGUUAUAAAAAUAAAAUAUAUGAAACCUUAAAUUAUGGUAGGGUUAUUAAAGAUUCCGUAAUAGGCAGGAUAUAUAUAUAUAUACUGUACUUAAAAUCAUAAAACUGAUUAUUUAGAGGUGAAAUUAGAAAUAUUUGUUAUAUCCGAUAUAUUACUUUAUUUGUUGAUAUUAUUAUAUUUAUUCGAUACUUUAAUGUCUGCAGAGGAUAGAUUAGGAGAAACACCAGUGUUUGGAGUACAAGCUAAAUGCAUACUGGGCACUUGACCUUGAAAAAAACAUUGAUGUGGGGCAUACCGGGCCAAUGUAUACUGGGCAUUGGAAUUUAACGAGGACGGACAUUAACCAAAGCGACUACGUAAUUGUCAACAAACACCGGUGGAAGUCGACAACCACCCAUUUCUGUCCUUCACAGUAACAGAUACACUGUAAUCAGAAUGGCAGACCAACACAUGUUUUAGCCAACAGAUUAUCUGUACAAAAUUUUAAAACAAUCGUGGACAUUUUGUGAUAGCUUUUAAAUAUUUGUUUCCAGUUUUUAUUGCAAAAAUAAAUAUUUGUGUUGACACAAGAAUUGUUUCCCAAGAGUGGUUGGCAUCCCUUUUGCACUCUAUACUCAGAUUUGAUUCUUUAGGAUGUGUAUAAAUAUGGAGCAAUUUCUUAAAUUAUUAGAGCUAAUAAAAUGAUACAGUGGUUUGUUUUUUU